CAAGGAAAAAUGAAUCCGGCGACUUUAAUUUUAUCCUACGGAGAGGUUACACCCAUAGAAAUUGCAAAAAAUAUUUUAAUAGAACUGAAACAACCUGUAGAAUCAACGGUCGGUACUCAUGAUGCUUUAAAUGUCCAUUAUUAUAAAUGCAGUAUUGAGACUAAGUACUAUAGCAAUAGCAUAUAUUUAAUACCUUUUGAAGGCAAAUGUGAUACUGUCCCACAGGAUAUUUUAAAGUCAACAGAAGCUUUAAUCAUUUAUUUUGAUCCCAAAGAUAAAUCGUUUUUAAAAUGCUUACCCGAAAUAAACGCAUUCUUUCAAAAUAAUGAAAUACAACUUGGAUUUCUAAUAACAACCACAUUAACUGGCGACAAAAAUGAAAUAUCAUAUCAAGAACUAAAAGAAAAGACAAAUUUUUUAUUUGAUGUUAUAACACUAAAAGGCGAUGUCGAAGAUGAAACUGAAAGUGAUUCAAAAAAUAAUUACACAGAAGUUAUUGAAGGACUGUCAAAUUUUGUUUGGUCAAACGUUAAUCUCAAAUCGAAUGCGUGCUCACAUCAAAGGAAUUCCAGUAAUACAGAAGAUUUGGAAAAGCAAUUGAUUGAUUUCGAAAAACUGCUUAUAUCUGCUCAAAGCUUACGCAAUGGCACACGAUUGAGCAGAGAUGAAUUCUUAGAUAAAGCUGAAGAACUGGCGGAAGUAAUGUCAUCAAUUUUAAAUGAUAAUGACAGCGACUAAAUUAAAUGAUGUAAAAUUAUUUUAUUUUUUUAUCAUAUAUCAAAAUAAAAAAUAGGUAUAUUAAACACGA